AAACGGCCCGAACACAUAAGCAAUAUGGAGCUAUAGCAAAGAACGAAUCAAGUUCCGAUUAGGGAGCAAAUAUUUAAGAAAAAGUGGAAGUGGAUUGGUAGCACAAUUAGAAAGGACACACCAAAUGCAACGAAAAGUGCUUUACAGUGGAAUCCAGAUGGAUAUAGAAAGAGGGGUAGGCCUAAGAACUCGUGGCGUAGAUCAACACAAAAGGAACUAGAGAAAGGAGUACAUUCAUGGCAGAGUAUAAGUACAGAAGCGAGAAAUUAUGCGACAUGGAAUUCAAUUAUAAGUGGCCUAUACUCCGCGUUGGAGGGUUAAAGGCAAGAAGAACUUUAUACUUAUUGUCUUCCAUAUUUUUAAAGUUUUUUUUUUUAAAUAUCGACUCAGCGUUCUUGAAACGUUAUGUCGGAAGAUUAUUUUUUUAACAUGGAUUUCUUUUAACCCGAAAGCUAACUUAACAUCUACAUUAAUUUAAAGCGUGUUUAUAUUGAUGCAGACAUAAGCUGGUACAGAAGUACAGUAUUCAAUUGGAUUUUAACUUAACAUCGUGGGAUUGAUCGAGUAUUUCUCAAGUGUGGAGGAAUCUGGAAUUUCUUUUUACAAACUUAUUGCUUAAUACUACAGACGCAGAUAAAUAUCAACCGAAUAUUUCUUCGAGGAUUUACAUGGCGCAGACCAGGUACGAAAAUGACAUUCCCUACGGGACUUGUGUGGAAGGCAUGUAUGAUCCCCCUCACAGAUCAAUACCGAGUCACCCCCUGUCCACGCACGCUGCCAACUUAAACCAUGGACCCAUACCGCAGUAUCCGUCGUACUCACCCAGUAACAAUAUGCCAGGGGUUGUGAAUUCCUCCCAGGACGGACAGCUUAAACGAGACAAGGAUGCAAUUUACGGACAUCCCUUAUUUCCGCUCCUCGCUCUUAUAUUUGAGAAAUGUGAACUCGCCACCUGUACACCGCGGGAACCAGGUGUGGCCGGAGGCGACGUAUGCUCGUCAGAAUCAUUCAAUGAAGAUAUAGCCGUUUUCUCGAAACAAGUGCUGUUAUCACUACAGGCACGAGCUGAAAAACCCCUCUUCUCCGCCAACCAUGAACUGGACAGUCUGAUGAUUCAAGCCAUUCAGGUUUUAAGAUUUCACCUAUUGGAACUGGAAAAGGUGCAUGAACUCUGUGACAAUUUUUGUCAGCGCUAUAUCAGCUGUUUGAAAGGUAAAAUGCCAAUUGACUUAGUGAUUGAUGAAAGGGACGGUGGGUCGACAACCCCAAAGUCUGGAACAGAAAGUCAAGACCACACAGACAACAGCACAGACCAGGUGCUGUUAGAAACAUUAAGCACAGAGUCUUUAGAUUACAAAAGACCUCCUUCGCAAAAUUUGAACUUCAGUCAACAAGAUGAUACUCAAUCAUCAAGGUCGGGAGACACUCCAGUUCCGACAAGUCAGUCAAACACCAACUCGUCCCAAAAUGUAGACAACAACAGUGAAGUCGAUGGAACUCAAAUGCAUAAUUUUGCCUCUAUGCAUGGUCGUGCGUAUGGUCAUAUAUAUUCUGGUGAUGGGCUCGACAACAGUAUUGGUUCAGGUGAAGGAACUGCAGACGAAGAAUCAGAAGACAGGAACCCUAAAAGACAAAAGAAGCGAGGGAUAUUUCCCAAAGUUGCCACCAAUAUAAUGAGAGCUUGGUUAUUUCAACAUUUAACACACCCAUAUCCAUCAGAGGAACAGAAAAAACAGCUUGCUCAAGACACUGGACUUACCAUUUUACAAGUCAAUAAUUGUAUGCGGCUGAAGUUAGCUGUGAGCACGCAUGACAUGUUUAUCAAUGCUAGAAGGAGAAUAGUUCAGCCAAUGAUAGAUCAAUCUAACCGUGCAGGUCCUGGUGGUCACGCCCCCUACAAUCCAGAAUCUGGUAUGGGAUACAUAGAUAAUAAUCAAAUGUCUAUGAGACCCCACACAUUGCAAGGUAUACAUGGAGGAGACAUGUACGAUCCGAUGAAAGCUGGCUACUCCCAUGUUCCAGACGGCCAGCGUUACGAUAUGUUAGGUGUGCAGAGUAUGCAUGGCGCCGACAUGUAUGGCCCACCGCCAGUUAGCGGGUCAUACAGCCAGAUGUCGCAGUUGCGCCCACCUGUACACUCACAGGCUAUGCUUAUCCCCGGCCAUCCGCAUCACAUGAUGAUGGGCCACACUGCACCUGGGAUGGGCCAUCAUGGCAUGCCCAUACAGACAACACAGAGCCCACCCUUGCAUGGCGGAAGCAUGGAUGUCAUGGGCCAACAGUUACAGGACAUCCAUGCUUGACUGCAUUAGGAUAGUGUCAGGAGAGAAAGCUAAGAAUCUGAGAGACAUUCUAUCAAUCUAUCUGUCUGUAUGUGUGUAUCUCUACAUACACACACACAUUAACAUAUUCACACACAUACAUUUGCGCAUAUACACUGAGAUAUAUAUGUAUGAAUAUAUGUACAUAUAGUAUGUAUAUAUCUUAAAUACACGAUCACAUACACACACGUAGAUAUGUAAAUAUAUGUUUAUGUGUGUGUGAUAUAAAUAUAGACAACAUAAAUCCCUAAUCAUUUAGAUAUAUAUAUAUAUAUAUAUAU